GGUCAGUGUAGCUUCAGCCUGCAGACAUCAUGAAGGCGGCUCUGCUCUGCACCUUGCUGUGCGUCUUCCCGACAUCUGUCCACAGUCGAGUCUCAGUGACCGUCGCUCCCGGCUGGUCUCAGUUCUUUCAAUUUUGGAAUGUGUCUUUGGGCUGUGAUCAUGUGAGCUCUGGUAAAUGGUCGGUUUGGAGAUACUCUAAUGUAACGUUAAAGAUGUCUCAGUGUGGAUCCGACUGGGGCGAACAGACUUCCAAUGCCUGCAUCAUGAAGUACCCCAAAACAACCGACAGCGGAGUGUACUGGUGUCAGUCUAUUUCCAGAGACAGCAGCAACACCGUCAACAUCACUGUCACUGAUAAAAAAGUGAUCCUGGAGAGUCCCGUCCUCCCUGUGAUGGAGGGAGAUGAUGUCACUCUGAGAUGUAGAACAGAGAAGUCCUCCAACCUCCCCGCUGUCUUCUAUAAAGAUAACUCCUCAAUCCAUGAUGGGCAAUAUGGUCACAUGACCAUCUACCAUUUCAAUGAGUCUCAUGAAGGCGCCUACAGCUGUACAAUCGGCAGUGAUAAGUCUCCACACAGCUGGCUGCUGAUGAAAGAGAUAAAGACAGGCAGGCCCUACCAGGUGUGGCCAAUCUAG